CUGAUACGAAGGAAAAUAUCAGAACCACGCGUGUUUGAAAUGUGGUCUUUUGCUUUUGGAAAUAGAUUUAUGUAGCAUUCAGUUUUAUUGAUAAUUUUGAAUCUGUGAAUUAAAAGUUGGAGAAAUUAAUAUGGAUGUUGUUGAAGAUUUAGAAAGCCCCUGGGAACCACCUUCAGAAUCAGAAAUGAAAAUUAUUCAGGCAAGACGAGAUAGACAAGAUAAAAUAAGUUCUAUCACUGGAGAAUAUCUUCUAAAAGGAUAUAAAAUGCUCAGUACUUUAUGUGAGAUAUGUGGUACAAUUUUAUUGCAAAAUAAACAAGGUGCAAAUUAUUGUGUGGCUUGUUCUGAAGUAGAUACAGAAGAACAUACAAAAGAUGAUCCAGCUUUAAGCAAUGAAGCUGCCCGGAAAAAAGCUGAAGAAGUCCAUUAUUCUUUAAUAAUUAACGACGAUCCGGUUCCAAGUACUUCGAGUGAGUCAUCAUAUUUAAAUAUGUCCACUAGAUCUGUUAAAGCUAAGCAUUCUCCAUUGUUAACUACAUCAAAAUCAUCUCAUGUUAUAUCAAGUUUACUAGGAGACAAAUUACCAGAACUGAGUGACAAUAGUUUGCAAGUUUGUUUUGCUGACUCAUUGAUGGUAGUUAGAGAAAAAAUGAAGUGGGCAACUGAACAAUUGAAGACUUGCCAAAAUAUUAAUAGGAGUAUACAGCUUUGUACAUUACUAAAGGGAUGUGCUGAAGUUAUGUUGUCUCUAAAGCAAGCUGAAAAAUGUGUUAUUACAAAUCAUACAAUUAAUCAAAAUUCUAUAAAUAAAGAGAGUCUUUGAUUUACAAAAUUAUAUAAGAAAUUUAACUACCUUAAAAAAAUAAAUUGUUAUAUCUUAUAUAUAAAAUGUGUUUAUUUUAAGAUAAUUUAAAUCUUUAAAGUGGUUAUAUUAGUCCAUAAUAUUGCUUAUUUGGUUAUUAAUUAAUACAUACUUGCUUAUCAUUUUUAUUAAAAAUAUUAUCUACUAUUUU